AUGUUCGUCGUCAUUUUAUAUUUGUUUGUUUCUGUUAGAAUUUCAUUUGGCAUAUUUUGUAACGAUGGUUCAAAUCCAUGUAAAUUAGAUCAAUCAGGUUUACCUACUUCAUAUUUUUUACAAAUAAAUGGCUAUCAUUGUUUUGAUGCUCUUGAUGAUGGAUUUAUUUGUUCAUGUCCGGAUGGUUCAACAACAAAGAAUAGACCUUGUCGAAUUUGUGAUCGUGAUCCAAAUCCAUGUGGUGUUGGACCAUCAUUUGUUUCAUGUUUUGAUAUAAAUAAAUCUUUUUCAUGUUUAUGUAGAAACGGACAAGGAGAAAUUGUAGUUUCAACAACGUCAUGUGAUAAUAAUACCGUUACACCUCCACCUGCCGUUAGAUGUGAUAACAGCGGUGUUAGAGAUCCAACGACAAAUCAAUGUAAUUGUCCAAGUGGUUUUACAGGUAGUAAUUGUGAAAUUCGAUCAGAUAAUCAAUUGUGUGAUAGAAUUCAAUGCAUGUCAAAUGGUGUGUGUGCCAUUCGUCCAAUAUUUGAUGGAGCAACAAUAUAUCAAUCAAAAUGUCUUUGUCGAUCAGGUUCUGAUGGAGAUUAUUGUGAAAAACAAACUACAACAGGUUCUUGUACAUCAUCAUAUUGUUUACAUGGAGGUAUUUGUCGACAACAUCAGAUUGGAUCUUCUAAUUUUAUUUUUUGUCAAUGUCAAGUAGGAUGGUCUAAUCCACGAUGUGAUAAACAAUAUUUUCGUUGUCAAUCACCAGGAUAUUUUAUUGAUGAAUAUUUGAAAAAUCAAGGAAAAUAUUUCUUGUGUACAUCUUCUAAUAAUGGUUCAGAUAGAUUUUAUUUUUAA